AAGCAUGCGCUGAGGUGGCAGGCUCUGGGCUGGUCCUGACGGGCUGGCUGGCUGCUGGGCUCCGGGCGGAUGUCUGUGUGCGUCAGACGACGGUGGGGGAGAACUACCAUCAACACGCAGCGUCUCCGAAGGAAAACACGCAGAGGAGACGCGGAGCGCUAAAAAAGAAAACCAACCGGGCUAACGUUGGCAUCUGGAAAAGCACCGACGAGAGAAGGGAGACGAUCCUCCCACAUCCAGCCCCACACCCUGUCGCCAACCCGCCCCGUGUUUUUCCUCUCGACCACUUCGUGCCAUCCCUCUGGUCCGACCACCCCAUAGGAAACCCCCCAUUAGACCAGCGUUGCCAUUAAGCGAUGCGCUUUGAAUCUGGGAAGAAAUACUCUUUGCGCUUUUUGAUGCAUAGGACAACCAGUGCUCUUCAUUUCCAGGCUAUGGAUUCGGGUGUUUACACUUUUCUGAUGGGUUUCCAGCUGUAAUAUAACAUGCAAAACAUCACCCUGUCAUUCCAUAGAUUGGCUGGAAUUUGAACAACCGGCUGUCACAUACGCCGGGGUGAGCUCUUAUGUGAUAUUUUUUUUUACUCAAGCUUGAAAAUAACUCCGACAAUGGUCUUAGAACAGACCGCAUCAUUAAACACUUAGUAAUAAUCUCUAAAGACCUGUCAGCUGGAUAUUUUGAUCCCACCGAAAAAAAGCGGCAGAACUGACACGGACUUCGGGAAGUUCUUGCUCCGGAGGAAAGACGUGGAUUGGACCGGAGACAUCUCGGCCAUAUCCACGGCAUUUUCGCUGUAAAGUUGGGAGGUCAGCGGGUUGCAGCCAUGCUGUCGCUGGAUGAGCCCCUGGACCUGAAACUACCUCGGAGGGCAAACGGGAAGGACAGGGGAACCCGCUCUCCUCUUCUCUCACCGCUGCAUCCCAAGCAUGUUCGCCAGCUGCAUAUGACGGAUGAUGGGACAGCAAUUAUAGAGCCCGCUUCACCUGCAUCUCCACACUCAGGUGUGCAGGUGGUCCCUUAUGACCGGACUGACACCCCAACACCACCCGCGGUGGACCUGAGCAUGUCUCCCUCCUCCCGACACACCCCCAGCUCUCCAGAAAUGAGCAACAGCAGUUACGUUCCUUCAGGCAAUUCUUUCAUCUCGCAGGCGUUUCAAUUCUUUGUGCCAAUUGGUCCUGGAGCAGGACUUCACCUGCCAUCCUCUAUGUUCAUUGGCCAAACGAGUGACAAGCGGGCUUCUCCUGACCUUUCAGCGGAUGAACAACUUGCAUGUCACUGGAAAAAGUGCCACCUGCUCUUUGACUCUCUACAAGAUCUUGUGGACCAUGUCAACGACUUCCAUGUGAAACCUGAGAAGGAUUCUGGGUACUGCUGCCACUGGGAGGGCUGUGCUCGCAAAGGAAGAGGGUUUAAUGCCAGGUACAAAAUGCUCAUUCACAUUCGCACUCACACCAAUGAGAAACCACACCGUUGUCCCACCUGCAACAAGAGCUUCUCACGCCUGGAGAACCUCAAGAUACACAACCGCUCACAUACAGGUGAAAAGCCCUACAUUUGUCCUUACGAGGGUUGCAACAAGCGCUACUCCAACUCCAGUGACCGCUUCAAGCAUACACGCACACAUUACGUAGACAAGCCCUACUACUGUAAGAUGGUAGGGUGCUUGAAACGCUACACAGAUCCCAGCUCGCUGCGGAAGCAUAUCAAAGCGCACGGCCACUUUGUGGCUCAGGAGCAGGGCCCCCCAAGCGGGGUAGGCUCUCUGCUGAAGGGAAGUCAGAGCGGAGGACCUUCUGGCACUGGCAGUAAGGAUUCAGAAUUGCCCUAUGUCAGCGGAGCUCACAUCAUCAUCCCCGGAGCAGCUGCCGCUCUGCUGGGAGGCCACACCUUGCAAGGCAUAGGCGGUUCUCUUCCCUUGUCCCCGCUUAGCCCAAGGCCCCUGGACCUCACCACGCUGGGGAGCCCCAAUUCGUCUCCAGCCAGCCUAGGAGGCACAUCUAUCUUGUCCUUUAAUGGCUCCCCUGUGGGCCUGGCUAAGGCCCCUUUACUUUCCUCUGCCUUCCCUUCCUCGGCCCUUGGCCUGCCAAUGGUUCCAGUGCUGGGCCCCACUUCAGAGCGUCGGCCCCACAGCCACCAGGCAAAGAGAGGCAGAGGAGAUGAAUCAGAGGAUGAGAUGGCUGGGAGGGUCCUAAACCUCUCCACAGGUGGGUCUCAUGAACCCCUAUCCUGGGUGGUCAUUCCCCCAGGCGCUGUGGUGCUCAAACCAGCUGUGGUUAACUGAUACAAACCCACACACACACAUUCCAGAAGAGCUCAGGGGCUUGAUGCCAUAGCAACGAUGUGGGAUGUCAAAGGUGACAUCGAUUGGCUUGAACAAUCAAUUCCAGGCAAUGCAUUAAAAGGUAGGAGUUUGGAAAAAGACACACAUCACCUCACACAAUUUAAGAAUACAACGCAAGCCUCUUGUAUUGUUGAAGAAAUAAACUUGAGGCCCAAGAUCUGUGUUCAGGAAUAUGUACGGUCCUGGAUUUGUAUCACAAAGCCUUAAAACAAGGUUCCGCUUUGCUUUCUUAUUUUAUACUUUACUCAUUCUGGCUGGUUCUGUGGAAAGGGGCCGUAAACGUGACAGUCUUAGUGCUCUGUGUUUUUAAAAAAUGUCCUUCUUCAUCAUUGAGUAUUUAUGUACUUUGACAGAGUGCCUCCAGCUUAGUGCUGAGGUACGGUGCCUCGCAAAAAUAUUCACACCCUUUGAGGUUUUACACAUUUUGGAACAAUACAACUACUACCAGGCAUUAAGCAGUUCAGAUUUACAUAAAAGUAACCGUGUUGCAAAUGAAAAACUAAAAGUGUGAUGUAUUUCCGUUUAGUCCCGUUUACUUUGAAUUUCCAGUGCAACUAAGUUCAGCAGCAUAAGCACAAUGGAGGCCUUUAACUCUACUAACUCUGCAUUAGUAGAGUUUUAUGAAGACCAACUGACACAAGAGAGAUAAAAUAACUUGAGACAGUUAUAGUGGUUUCUUUCCAGGAGGACAACAACCGUAAACAGCUAAAACUAAACCAUUCUUGUGUCAGAAUGGUCCAGUCAAAGUGUAAUGACACCUUGGAACCGGUGACAAGACCUAAAAACGUAUGUUCAAGCUAGAUACAAUGUAUUACUAUGCAACAAAUUGUGUUGGUUUGCAUGGGAAAAAAAAUUAUAAUAGUUUUGUUGUUUGAAAAGACAAAAUGUUAGGAAUCUUAAGGGGUUUGAAUUCAUUUUGCAAGGCACUGCAGACACCACAAAAUAAGCACUCAUACACACACGUAAUAGAAAGAUGUUUCAAAUGUUGUGAACAUUUGAAACAUCUUUCAAGAUCAAUUUUAACAUAAAUUUGACAAACUUGCCGAACCAAAGCAAGUGAACUUAUUACAUCUUAUACUUCAUUUAGCAGAGCGCUUAACAGUGUCAACUUAUAGUAUUGAAACUUCUGAGGUGCUGCUAAAUUUUUCUGCUCCUCCUGCUUCAUGAACUGGGCGAGAGCACUUUUGACAAUCCGUCCCCGGUCUUGUGGAGGAUGAUGAACACAGACAGACCUGACCGGGAGCCGAACGAACAGACAAAUGGUGUUAAGCCACCUUGCAAAGACCAACCAUUACUUCCUCUCUUUUUUUCACAAGUGAAACUUAAGGCACUGGUGUGUCUGACUCCCCCUACUGGCGGGACGUGUCACAACCUCCCGACUCACAAAAACCAGCACUGUUCAGCUCCUGGAUUGUCCAGCUGCUUUACUGUAAUUCAAUCAACGGGACCUGGUUGUGUAUAAAAGGCCCUCAGUGGUGAUAAACACUACAGUCUUGUAUUCUUUAAGCUAAAAUGACCCCAAACCAGCUGUGAAAAACAGGUGGUGGGCCUAUCUACAUGAGAUUUGACCCCAAUAAGCAUCAGCUGUGAGAAAAACAACAACAAAAAAACAAAACAAAGAGGGAAUGUUCACGUUGUUCCACAGCGGGAAAUGGGAUACACUCAGUGUUGCCUACAGCUGGACUGACUAGGACGCCGCACUAUCCCAAACUGCCUCAUUUCAGUCUGUCCGAAGUGGCAAACAACAUGUAAAAAAAAACUUCUGGGAAACACUUCAUGGUUCGAUUAAGCAGUAAACAUGCACUUACUAAAAACUACAUGUUUUCUAAAAUGUUAUAUUUAAAGAAAAUAGCUCUUAUUUCAGUCCCCUUACAAAAUUCAGCUUUUUGUUGGGCGUUUCAUCAGACUUGUGUUGCUCAUGCAGCUAUAGUGUUGAAAGAGGAGAGGGAGCAGGAGAGGAUCCUUAAAACUAAACAGACUGACAUCUCUCCUCGCUCUUUGUCACUCCUCCAUCUCUUUUGUCUAUGUUUGAUGACGUUGGCUGUUUUUGAGUGUAAUUUUUCAUUUUCAAAACUUAGGAGCAAACGUUUUCAAUUUGAGAGCAAGACAUUUUAUGCUAUUGUGCUCCCCUGGAUAACUCUGCUCUCACAAAAAACUUGUUUGCUUAAUAAAUAUUCUACUCUUGCAUCAACUCUAAUUUCUGCAAUCAGAUUUGAUGCCUCUCGCACAAAUAUCUUACACUCUAUUUACACCUAAAGGCCACUGAUGUCAAAGUCUCACCUGUUAUUCUGUUGGCUGUAACUGCUACCAACAAACCAAGGCAGAAAAGAAAAUCUAAAAAGUUUCUAAAGCAUGAGGUGUAGGAUUCAAACAGGAGCAGAAGAUAGUUGUGCAAAAGGGACUAAGCAGAUUAUGCAGAACCUCUUUUGCAGCAGAACAUAUUUGUAACCAGAUAUGAUUAUUUUCAAGUGUGGGAGCAGCGUUUCAAAUCAUUAUCUGAAAUCAAGAUAUUCUCCUCUUAAAUUGAAAAUAGUAUGCUCAUAUUCUUUUGGCAGAAAAAUCCCCUUAUAACUGUUUUAUUUACCUGUUUCUAUUUUAUAUUUUUGCCAAUACUAUGAUUUUUAUUUUUUUUUUUUGCAGAUGUUCAGACGAGACAUUUUCUUUGUGAUGUUGAAGUUGCCUCUUGUGUUCUGCCAUCGCUGCUCUACAAUCAGUUUUCUGCUGCCGACGAUGAGUUUGUGAAGGGGUUGAAGUUGGGGAAAAAAUUUUUGGAUGGCUUUCCAGAGCUUUAGUUUCCAACCUGAGGCCGGCACUUCAAACGGAUGGUUAGAUCGAUCAGAAACAUCAAAAAGUUUACCUAAAUUUUAAACUUGUGGAAGUUUAGUUUUGUCAUUGCGAGUGCCACAAAGACACUUUUUACGAACAGAGGGUCAACUUUUUUGAGUGAUUGGCAGCUUGAGAGGAAAGAGAAAGGGUUAUUAGGAUGAGAGAAUGGACAGGGGAGCUAUUAGGGUGGAGGCUGCGUGCCAGCAGAGGAAAAAGAAAAAAAAACAAAAAGCAACUUGCAGCCAUCCGGUGCUGUCGCUCUCCAUCUGGCCACCCACCCACCAAACUGCCCUCUCAGCUCUGAAGUCACCGGCUGUGCUGGGCCCACUGUGGCAGCCUCUCGCAGAAAUACCAGCCUGCAGAAAACUAGGCCACUGAACUCUUCCUGCCCCCUCUCUCUUCUGUGUUACCCAUCUUCUUUAGAUUAAACCCGUGGCUCAAUUCCACCACCUCCUGGCUGCAAAACAUUUACCAAGGAACACUAAAGUACACCAAGAAGAAUUAGUCUCACAUUAGAGCAGAAAUAUGUUAAUAAUAUACUGUAACCCACUGAGGUUGAUUUUUAUCAGAAUUCCUGCAGGUCUAUUAAGUCUAUGGCAAGCCAUUAUACCAUAUAACCAAACUAUGCCAUAUCAAAUUGCUGUUGUACAUUAUAUUAUUCUAUGUAUUCAUCUUAAUUUAUUAAAUUACUUUUAUUUUGGUAAUGACAAUUAAACUGACAUUUCAGCAAUCAAAAUACAUUAGAACUGAUUAUUUAGAAAAGAUCAAGAUAUCUGUUCCUUAAAAGUAAACAUUUUACCAUUUAAUGUCUAAGCUUGGUAUGUUAUGCACACAAACCAUUCAACAACUAAUGCUUAAAACGUGCGCACUCGUUUUGAUUAAAUUAAAUUCUCAGUACGCACGUUGAACAUGUCUAUUACAUGAUAAAUGGCUUGCCAUACAGGUUGCGCUACAACGCUCCUUCCUAAUAACGCCACCUCUACACACAGUUUAGUUCAAGCGUCAGGUCAGGUAUUGGAAAUGAGUAAGUCUGCCGUGUGAAUGGACACACCUCGCACGCAGUGUAGUCAGAACGAGGCGUUAAGUAAGCCAGACACGGUUUCCAUGGCAACAGCAGCGCCAACAGAUGCUGAAAGAGGCCAGGGACAGAGACUCAGCGCCGGCAGCAGAAAUCUCAGCACGACACGGGUCCAAACGGGAUCCACACAUUUUCGAUAUUAAAUAAGCUGCAUGAUCCAUUAACCCUUUGAGCUCAGCCUGUAAUAAUAUGCACUUUCCCCCCACCCCUCAACUGUAUACGUUUGGGGAUGCUGUCACAUUAUUUUCCAAUGUCUAAGCUGUCUUUGUGUUGUUUGUGGGAAAUAGUCGCUACAGGGUCUCAAGUAGGACUCUGCUUUUUUAUGAUUAAACAUUUUCAAAAGUGGUACGGACUCCUGGAGUUGUUACAAAAUCCCAGAUGCCAGGACACAUAAAUGACCCACAUCACAGGCUCGCUUUGCUGGAAGUGCCACAGUGUUGCACAAAGGGUUAAUGAUAUGACUAAGGCCACAGGAGGCCUGUUCAACUUACGUUUUUUUGCACAUUUGUGAGAUAUUAUGUCAGUAUUUUAAUUUUUCCAAGUGCCUUUUUUAUUACAGGUAAAUAUAGACGUUAUACACUAUAUGAGAAAAAGUUAUAUGAAAAUAUAUUUUUCCUGGCACCAUGUUCUCUGGUUGAACAUGCAGAAUUUUAAGCGUUGUAAAAGUCUCCAAUUGGUACAACAUAGCGGUGUUCUCCUGUUUUAGAGGAAUUUUAUCACGAUAUUGAUAAUAAUGUCAAUGAAUACAAAAUGUUUAAUAAAGUUGCAUUUGAUAAGUGUG